AAAGAAACCUUCCUGGAGCCCUUUGUUCUGAGAGACCUGUUGCCGUCAUCAUUGGGGAGUUAUUACCGCUACACAGGUUCUCUCACCACCCCACCCUGCAGCAAGGUGGUCGAGUGGAUCGUCUUCAACAGACCUGUGUUCCUCUCCUAUAAACAGGUGAGUCACUCUCUCUCUCACAUGCGCGCACACACACACACACACACACACACACACACACACACACACACACACACACACACACACACACACACACACACACACACAAACAAACAAACACACUCACACACACACAAACACACACACACAAACACUGGCGUCUUUCUUCACUAAUGGCCUCCUCCUUCCAAGAGCUGUAAUUUGCUCACAUAUCUAAUGUGUGAUGUCUGUAUUUGUGAUUGGGUUGGCACAGACAUGGUCAGUAAUGUGAUGGUGCAGUGUCUGUCCUCACAUGGCCCUUCUCUCCACUCCUCUCCCCAUAUCUCCUCCCAACAGUCCAGGGAACAUUUGGCAGACUUACAUUCUAAUGAGGCCAAAUUAGUUUGCUUAAGAGUGCGACUGGAGGAAGCCAAAUGUGGAAGAAGUAUUGGCUUUAUAUAAGGGGACACAGCAGGAGAGGGAGAGGAAGAUAUAUAUAUAGAUAGAGAGAGAGAGAGAGAGAGAGAGAGAGAGAGAGAGAGAGAGAGAGAGAGAGAGAGAGAGAGUUAAAUGGAGAGGGAAAGGGGAAAAGAAAGAGAGAACGAAAGAAGGAGAGAGAGAGGAGGAAAAGGACUGUGAGAGAGGAAAUGUGUGGGCUGUGGUGUUGAGGGGUGGCCGAGCGUUGCCCCCUGUCACCGUGCUCUGUGGGUCAGCAUUAAUCAUGUUUAUCUGCCAGAGCUUAGUCAAGGCCCAGACAGCUCUGGAGCUGUGGAAGAGAGGAGCUGCCUGGCUCUGGGCCCACAGAAAGAUAGGUCACUCCUAGAUACAGCUUUAUACCACUUGAAUACCACUAGCUUACCGUUAGCAUGCUUCAUAUUCCCCUUACAUUCUGACUGGCUAGAUAACAUACUGGCUGCUACAUAGAGCUCAGCUGAAGAUUAACCACCCAUAGGCAACAGCAUAGUCCUAGUGCUGAAUGCAAAAUGGCACACUGGUACAUAGGUCUUUGUACCCCCAAAAGCUAGCAGAAAAGUGGGCAGUCAUAGCAGCUGCAUGAACAGUUUAUCACAUACACUUAAAACUCUAAAGGGCAAUCCGCAGUUGAAACAAUAACAAACUGUUUUCCCCACCACUGUUUUGGUAAAACGUGGAGGGAUGGAGCUAGAGAAAUGUAUCCACUCUCAAAUUCAUAGACAGAGCGUUGGAUGCAAGGACUGACCAUCCAUGAUAUCAAACAUUCUAGUUUUAACCAUGUUUUGAGGCUAUACAGUGUUUGUUUACAUUUACUUUGUUUACUAACAUUGGGGUAAAACCAGCUUGUAUUUUGGGAUCUGGUGGGGUACGACAGUUGAACUAAGCUCAUGAGGCAUUUAUAAGUUAUAUUCUUCAAGAAUCAAUGGGUCAAAUCAUUAAUUAAAGUCCAAAAAUAUGUGGACAACUGCAGAUUGCCCCUUUAAUAAAACCAGCAAUACAUUCAUAGUCAUACCUUCCUGGUUCCCCCUUGUUUUACAAUAGGGUGUUUAUGGGAGCUCACAGUGAAUGUUGCUUCCUCAGAAGAUAGCAGGUGUCCAAUAGCAGGGUAAUAGACGGGAUUUGUCUGUUGUCAUCCUCUGAAUUAUAAGAGAGUGGAGAGGCAGAGUAGAGAAGAUGAAAAGCAGCAUGGAGGAACUCUGAGCCUGACCUUUUGGAUUAUUUGAUUUGGCCUGAGAUCCAGUCAACAAUUAAUAAUACUCCGGGAUAUAUAUGGAAUAUACAAUGGUGUUUUUUUACUGCAACUCUACAUACUUUCCUGGUAUAAGAAGUAUUUUUUUAAACUUUCCCGAGAGGCAGGGAGCUAGCUAGCUACCCUGAUCGACACAAAACCAGGGGGAUGUUUGAGGCAUGCAAUGAGCAGGACAGGGACUUAAAGGGGAAGUGACUUCAGCAGAAGCUCUAUCCAUCCAUCCAGGAAGCACGUCCUUCCUUCCCUUCAGUGGGAUCCCGUAGCAUUAUUGUUCCUAUCUUCUAUCCUCCGGAUGUUUACCCCUGACCAUUAGUCAGUCUUUUUUAACAUUUUUAACUCGGCUUUGAAGUCUAUACCACUUUUUCUGUCCUGUGGUUUAAAAAAAACAUAAUUGGCCAAGAUGAAAGAACGUGGAAAGAAGACACAGUGCACUCCCUCUCCCCUGUCUGUCUUCAUCUCUCUCUCUCUCUCCCUCCCUCUCUCUCUCUCCCUCCCUCCCUCCCUCCCUAUCUCUCUCUCUCUCUCUCUCUCUCUCUCUCUCUCUCUCUCUCUCUCUCUCUCUCUCUCUCUCUCUCUCCCUCCCUCCCUCCCUCCAUCUUUGUCUUUUGUUCUUGAUCAGUGGUGGAAGUAGGUCAUUGGGAG